GGCACCGUAACAGGUAUACAUUUAUCAUUGCAUCAUGUUGGUACUUGCGAUAUUGUGCUCGAUGCUACUCAGCCAAGUUAAUGCAAACUGGAAGAGCAGCAGAAGCGGUCCCAUCCGCGCAGAUAUGAAAUUCUAUGUGAUGAACAUGACAUGCAACGACGCUCGUACGCGUUGCGAGGCUUGUAAGUCAGGACAUGAAGGCGGUAUAUAUUUAGAUUUGUUUGAAUAUUCUGAAGGACCAGCAAAGUUUCAUUUUGAAGGGACAACGGCUACUUCUAAUUGGAAGGACUCAAUUUUGCAAGAGGAUCCCCUGGAGCCAUUCCGCUACUGUACCCAGAACAAAAACACAUAUUGGGGUCGCAGCGGUAUCGUCACACAUAGAUUUUAUCUUUGCGUAGACAACAUAUUCUCUGAUAUUACUGUGCCGACCGAGUGCUUCCGACCCAUUGCUUUGAUAUCAACAUCAAGCCAGCAUGGAGACGAUCGACAAAUUGGUGACCAAACAUUGUACUGUGCUAACUAACUUCAGCUCUGACAGCACGUCUUCGACGCCAAGGGCUCUGAUCAUACUUCGGUAUGGGGGGAGGGCGCUUGGCUACUCGCCCAUCAUCCCCUGUAACUUCUUUCAUCAGGUGCAUUUAAUGUAUUAUAUACCGGUUAAACGGUACAUUUAACCACAUGCUAUCACAUCAGUUCAACAUUUUUCAAAGAGCAUGAUAAUGACACGAUUCAAACACUGAUUUUGAACGAGUGUCAUUCUUGAAACUCGAAUGGAACAGUAGUUUAAGUACGUUGAAGAGUACCGCGUAAUAUAAGCAUACGUGGCUUGUAAACCACAAAUGGAAUGAAUGGUGUAUGAUAGGAACGCUUUGGUUUCAGGGCCAUUUAUGCAGUAUGAGCGAACAGCC